UGCUACCGGGGUAACGGAGUUUUGAGGUUGCACGGAAUGUUGCCGGUGUAGCAGGAUCUCCCGCCAUUUUUCAACCAGCGAUAAAACCCUCUUGUUUGUUUAUGUAAUCAGCGCGUCCCUCAAAACACCAUCUACGCCGUCUAUAGUCGCCGCGGAUGAGGGAUUAGUACGUUGUUCUGGCCUGGAGGAUCGACCGCAACCCGGACCUAAGCGGCACAAGUGAGCCUGUCACAGCAGCUCUGACGGGCGGCCUUUCGCGCUUCAAUACCCGGCAUCCGGGAGCUUCCGUUCACUCCAUACGCGCUUACCAGCCGUCUCGCCAUGACCCCACCAGCUCCACAAAACCAGCGGAUUUAACACAGGGAUGUAACUGACCGGUCAAACCGAAGUUUUGUUUCUGUUUUGUUUUGAUUUUCACGCGCUUUCUGAAAGUAUCGAAAGCCGCGCGCGCUAGCCUAGCCCCGAUGCUACGCCGCUGAGACGCGCGAAUUUCACCGCAUAUUCAUUUGGAGCUGGGAUUGAGAGGUGUGUUAGUUCAGUACUUCGCUUCGCCGAUACAUUCAGGAACCCGCGAUGGCACCGUUACUAGGCCGGAAGCCGUACCCGUUGGUUAAGCCGCUGUCGGAGCCGCCGGGCCCAGGAGAGGAGGUGUACACCAUCGAGCACACUAAAGAGGCCUUCAGGAACAAAGAAGAGUAUGAAGCUCGACUGCGCAGGUAUGGAGAGCGGAUUUGGACGUGUAAAAGCACCGGCAGCAGUCAGCUCACGCAUAAGGAGGCUUGGGAGGAGGAGCAGGAGGUCACGGAGCUGCUUCAGGAGGAGUAUCCAGUGUGGUUUGAGAAGCCUGUUCUGGAGAUUGUGCACCAUAACACAGUACCUCUUGACAAGUUAGUGGAUCAGGUCUGGGUGGAGAUUCUCACAAAGUAUGCUGUGGGCGAGAAGUGUGACUUCAUGGUUGGCAAUGAGAAAACUUUGACUGUGGAAGUGGUAAAGAUUCAUCCGCUGGAAAAUCCUCCAGAAGAAAACGCUGAGAAAAAGAUGGAAGGAGCUUGUGACUCUCCGUCCAGCGAUAAAGAGAACGCCAGUCAGGAGAACCUAAAGAAGGAGCCACAGUCCAAAGAGGAGGAGAGCAGGAGAGAAAGCCUCUCUGAUAGGGCCCGCCGCUCACCGAGGAAACUCCCGACCACUAUGAAAGAAGAGAAGAAGAAAUGGGUCAUGCCCAAAUUUCUGCCUCAUAAGUAUGAUGUCAAACUUGUCAGCGAGAACAAAGUGAUCAGUGAUGUUCCCGCAGACAACCUGUACAGAACAGAGCGGCCUCCCAACAAAGAAAUCAUGCGCUACUUCAUCAGACACUACGCACUGAGGCUGGGCUCAGGAGAGAGCGCCCCUUGGGUAGUGGAAGACGAGUUGGUGAAGAAGUUCAGCCUGCCGAGCAAAUUCAGCGACUUUUUACUGGAUCCUCACAAGUUUUUGGCAGAAAAUCCAUCCACUAAGAGGAAAAGCUUGAGUUCGCCGGAAGGUAAACCCAGAAAGAGGCUGAAGGCUGUGGAUGCGGGAUCAGGUGGUGAGGGAGCAAAAGGGGAAAAGAAAAACAAAAAAGACUCUCAGAACAUACCUCUCAGCCCAACCCUCUGGAGUCAUAUGCAGGUGAAGAAAGUUAACGGAUCACCUUUAAAAAUGAAAAACUCAGGUACAUCUAAGAAAUCGGAUGGGGAAAACAUCCUCGGCACUCCAAAAUCUAAUAAGAAGCAGGGAGAUAAAAAAUCCACUGACCCCAAAAGAAGCCGCAAAAGUGGACUCACCAAGACUCCCAAUAGCCAGAGGCACUCUAAAAAGGAGGAUAAAAGUCUCGGAGGCGCCAAGAAACCCAGAAUGAAGCAGAUGACCCUUUUGGAUCUUGCUAAAAGCCCAUCUGCUGCAGGUAGCCCAAAAAAACAAAGGCGAAGCUCAACUUCUGGCUCUGCUAAGCUGGGCAAACCUUUUCCACCCAUGGCCUUACAUCUCCUUCGGUUUUACAAAGAGAAUAAAGGCAAAGAAGACAAGAAGACCACUCUGUCCUCACUGUUGUCUAAAGCAGCGAAAACACUGUCCCCAGAAGAUCGCUCACGACUUCCUGAAGAGCUGAAAGAGCUGGUGCAGAAGCGCUGGGAACUUCUUGAGCAGAAACGCCGAUGGGCCCUCAUGAGCGAGGAGGAAAAACAGGACGUGCUGAAGCAGAAGCGUCAGGAGGUUAAGCAGAAGCUGCGUGAGAAAGCUAAAGAGCGGAGGGAGAAGGAGAUGCAGGUGAGGCGGGAGAUGUCUCGACGGUAUGAAGACCAGGAGCUAGAAGGCAAGAACUUGCCAGCUUUCCGUCUUUUUGACAUGCCCGAGGGACUUCCCAACACCAUCUUUGGAGACGUAGCCAUGCUAGUGGAGUUCCUUCAUUGCUACUCCGGCCUGCUGAUGCCUGACGACCAGUAUCCCAUCACCUCCAUCGCGCUUUUGGAGGCUCUCGCUGGAGAAAAGGCUGGAUUCCUCUACUUGAACCGUGUGUUGGUGGUUUUACUGCAAACGCUUCUGCAAGAUGAGCUGGCAGAAGGUUACAGUGAGUUGGACAUGCCGCUCUCUGAGAUUCCUCUCACCAUGCACUCCGUAUCAGAGCUGGUGCGCUUGUGUUUGCGUCCAUCAGAUGCACAUGAGGAAGAAAGUGCCCGUGGUUCUGAUGAUUGGCAGGCUGGCGCGGACUUUGAUGACAUGGUGAGCAGUGAGUUCUUGGAGAAGCUGGAGACGGCAGAGGUGUUCGAACUGGACCCCCAGGAGAAGGUCAGUCUGCUGUUGGCUCUAUGUCAUCGGAUCCUCAUGACCUAUUCGGUGGAGGAUCACGUAGAGGCUGUGCAUCAGAAAUCGGCUGAAAUGUGGAAAGAGCGGGUCGCCACGCUCAAAGAAGCCAACGAUCGCAAAAGAGCAGAGAAGCAGAAACGCAAAGAGCAGAUGGAGACCAAAACUGAUGGAGAUGUUCUAAUAAAGGCAGAGAAGAAGAAAGAAUCAACCGUGAAGAAAGAGACACCUAAAGUUCUCCCCAAAGAGGAGCCAGAGCCCGAAGACAUGAUCAGCACAGUUAAAAGCAGACGCUUGAUGUCCAUGCAGGCUAAGAAAGAAAAAGAAGAGCAGGAACGACUAAAUAAAGUGCGUAUGGAGAAGGAAGCUGAGGAGGAGCGAAUGAGGAGGCAGAAAGCUGCCACAGAGAAAGCCUUCCAGGAUGCCGUCACUAAAGCAAAGCUGGUGUUGAGGAGAAUGCCGCUGGGUACAGACCGCAAUCACAACCGCUACUGGCUGUUCUCUGAUGUCGUUCCUGGACUAUACAUUGAGAAAGGAUGGGUUCACGAAAGUAUAGACUACUCAUUCACACUUCCUCCUGAAGAGGAGCCAGUGUUGAUGGAGGACGAAGAAGAAGAGGAGGUGAAGAAAGAGGAGGAGGCAGAAGAUGGAGAGAAAGAAGAUGAGGGCAGUAUAAUCAGUGCGUCCAAUGACAUUGGCCAGCAGGGGGCGCCAUCACAUGAGUCUUCUAUUGAGACCACCGUGCCCAAACAAGGCCAAAACCUCUGGUUUGUGUGUGAUACACCAAAAGACUUUGAUGAACUGUUAGAGAGCCUUCACCCUCAGGGAGUAAGAGAAAGUGAACUCAAAAUCAGGUUACAAAUCAAUUACCAGGAAAUCUUGCAUUCCAUCCAUCUGACGAAAAAAGCAAACCCAGGCCUGAAGACCUGCGACGGACACCAGGAGCUGCUCAAAUUCUUGCGCAGUGACAUUAUCGAGGUGGCUUCUCGGCUGCAGAAAGGUGGCUUGGGAUACUUGGAGGACACAUCUGAGUUUGAGGAAUUUGAGGAGAGGGUGAAAACAUUGGAGAAGCUGCCGGAAUUUGGGGAGUGUGUGAUCGCUCUGCAAGAAAGCGUUAUCAAGAAGUUUCUGCAGGGCUUCAUGGCACCCAAACAGAAGAAGAAGAAGAAGACUGCUGGUGAGGAGAGCACGACGGCUGAGGAGGUGGAUGAUCAGAAGAAACUGGCUGAAGAGGCCCGGGUAGCAACAGCGGUAGAAAAGUGGAAAACUGCUGUUCGUGAAGCGCAGACUUUCUCUCGCAUGCAUGUCCUGCUCGGCAUGCUGGAUGCCUGCAUCAAGUGGGAUAUGUCUGCGGAGAACGCUCGCUGUAAAGUGUGCCGCAGGAAAGGAGAGGAUGAUAAGUUGAUUCUGUGUGAUGAGUGUAAUAAAGCCUUCCACCUGUUCUGUCUGAGACCGGCCUUGUACCGUAUACCGUCAGGCGAGUGGCUCUGUCCGGCCUGUCAGCCAACCAUAGCCCGACGCAGCUCCAGAGGAAGAAACUACAAGGAAGACUCUGAGGAAGAGGAGGAUUCAGAGGAGGAAGAUGAAGAAGACUCUGAAGAGGAAGACUCGGAAGAAGAACACAGAAAUACAGGACACAGCUUGAGAUCAAGGAAAAAGGUCAAGACAUCUUCGAAGGCCAAAGUGCAGAGUAAACCAUCACUGAAGAAGCAAUCACAUCCCAGUGCCAAACCUGCUUCUAGAUCAGCUUCUAAAACAGAUCCUAACCCUUCCAAAACUUCUCCCAAACCUUCUGCCAAACCUAAAUCACGAGCUGCAACAAGCAGCCCUGUUGACAUCGAUGAACUGGUCCGGCAGAGCUCCAAGCCUCCAUUAAGGAAAAAGGAUGUUGAGCUUCAAAAAUGUGAGGAGAUCCUUCAGAAGAUCAUGAAAUUCCGCCACAGUUGGCCCUUCAGGGAACCCGUAUCUGCUGAUGAGGCCGAGGAUUAUCAGGACGUCAUCGCCAGCCCGAUGGAUUUGACCACCAUGCAGGGAAAGUUCAAAUCAUCUGAGUAUCAUAGUGCCAGCGAUUUCAUCGAGGACAUAAAGCUCAUCUUCUCUAACGCAGAAGAGUACAACCAGCCCAGCAGCAACGUCCUGACCUGCAUGUCCCGCACCGAGGAGGCGUUCGUCGAGCUCCUGCAGAAGAGCCUUCCAGGAGUCAGUUACCUGCGCCGUCGGACAAGAAAACGUGCUGCGACUCCAUCAGAUAACAGUGAUGAUGAUGAGGAGGAAGAGGACAAGUCAAAGAAGCAGAAGAAAGGGAAGCAAGGCAAAAAAGCUUCAUCCAGCAGAAAGGAAAACCACUCCAGACGGAAAAAUACCAAACGAAACAAAGAUGAGAGUGAAGAUGAAGAGGAGGAUGAUGAUGAGGAGGAGGAAGAGGAUGACGAGAGGUCAAAGAAGCAAAAGAAUAGGAAGCAAAGCAAAAAAGCCUCAUCCAGACGAAAGCAAGACAACUCAAGACGGAAAAAUGUCAGACAAAACAAAGAUGACAGUGAGAGUGAAGAUGAUGAUGAUGAUGAUGAGGAAGAGGAGGAGGAGAGGUCAAAGAAGCAAAAGAAUGGGAAGCAAAGCAAAAAGGCCUCAUCCAGACGAAAGCAAGACAACUCAAGACGGAAAAAUACCAAAAGAAACAAAGAUGACAGUGAGAGUGAAGAAGAUGAUGAUGAUGAGGAAGAGGAGGACGAGAAAACGAAGAAGCAGAACAAUAGGAAUCAAGGAAAAGCUUCAUCCAGACGAAAACAAGACAACUCAAGACAGAAACAGACAAGAUGGAACAAAGAUGACAGUGAGAGUGAAGAAGAUGAUGAUGACGAACCUGUGAGAAAGAAGAGCAAGCGGACAAAUCGUAAAGAUUAUCACGAGCAGGACAGCGACAGUGAGCCGGACAGCAGGAGAACUGGUUUGAGACGGACAUCCCGAGGAGUGACGGACAACAAGGAGGCCAGCAGCGAUGAAGACUCAGGAGGCCAGCGACAUUCCAAGAGGCUCAAACGCUCGUGAAGACCAGGGUGUUUUUUCUUUUCUUUCUUAUUUUGUUUAUUUUGUGUUUGUUUUGUACCCCCCCACCUCCUUAUUAAUCGGGAGGUGAAACAGGCCACCCCAAACCCAAUGCAUAUCGGACAGAACCCUGAAAUCUCACUCCCGGUCUAGAUGUUUGUUUAUUUUCCUAUUUUUUUUGGGACGUUUUUAUGUUAAUAUUGGAGAAAACUGAUUUAUAUUUGUAAGUUGAUUAAUAAUGGUGACUCUCGCCUUUUCAAUUUGACAAUUUUCAUUGAAAUCGAGAUGUCAUCUUUUUUUGAGCUCUUAAGACUUUUUCAUUUUGAUAUUUGACCUAAAAAAAUACAAAAGAGAAAAAAAAGAAGCCACUUAUAUUCCGGAAAAGAUUGCAAAUGGGUUGUAAACACCACCAAGCCAUGUGUCGUAUUGAGAGAUUGGUAGGUAACGAUACAAAGUGAUCCAGAAGGAAACUCGCAGAUCAUUUUGUAUAAACCUCACGCCGCCUUUAAAUUGAGUUUAACCCAUGACUGUCCUAAAAGAGAAGCUCUUUAGAUCAAACUGACCUGUUUUCUGCAUCUCAGAAGAGCUGUUUAAUUGGCAUCAAACCCCCAUGGUGGUAUGACAUUGAAUUAAAACUCUUUAUUUUUGAACGUGCCACCCAGUUGUUUGAUUUCCUUUUCAAUAAUAAAAGAAAACUGUCAUCCUCAAGUUUGGUUAACACCUUCUGUUUGUGGGAAAGAAAGAAAAAAAAAUCACUGAUUCUGUUUAUUUAAUAAUUGUAAAAACUCAUGCUGCUCUUAUUCCCAGUAGGUGGCGCUCUCUACAGCGGUCUUCUAAAGAAAAGUCCCCCAGUUGUGUUAAACUGACAUUUGAAUGUUAUAUCCCCACCGAAAUCCUUUUUCAGUGAUGAACUGAACCUGAAAUCAAGAGGGUAAAAUCAGACACUCAGUGAAAUUCACAUAUAUGAGUGUAUAAUGUUCAUCUUUCCUUUUUAUAUUAACAUGUAAAUAUUACACACUGGCUAUAUUUUGAUUUUUAAUAGCCACGGAAAUUCAGGGCUGCUCAGGGCUCUGCUCUUGAUUUUUAAAAGUAUUUUUCUGCUUUAAUUUCCACCCUCAUUUGGAUUAAGCUGAGUUUCAUCUUCAAAAGCGAGGUCACUAUCAUAAUAUUCAUAAUACUCUUUAGGGUUUAUUUUCCUGUUUCUUUGUAUACUUUUUAAACUUUACCUGUUUUGACCUGUGUAAACUGUAUGGUAUGUAAGAACAAGAUUGCUUGGAGAAUUAGAUAUAAAGUGGUUUCACAGGUGUAAAUGCUCUUUCAGUUAUCAGAUGCUUUCAGGAGGUUCUAGUGGUGGUCAGAGCUCCUUUCCUAUGUAUUUAUAGCUCCACGACCUGGUAGGGAAACUAAAGUUUAAGGAGAUCCUUAUUUCUUGCCCCCUUUUGCACCCACAAACUUCACUUAUUCGCUUUUCGGAAAGUGUUUCUUAUUUUAAAGACCCCUUCAGUGUCACUGCCAGUUGUAAAAUCUUGUGUUAUAAAAUAAGGGGGUGGGAAUGAAUGGGAAGGGAGGGCCUGGUAGGUUUGGGGACGACUUUUUUUUUCUUUUUGUGUAAUUUCUUUACUUUUUAAUAAAACAUUGUACAAUGUCCAA